GUUACUGGGCGCUCAAGCCUUACAGACGUGUUAUUUAAAGAUUGCUGCCUAACACGCCCGACUGCGUCUCCCCACUCACAGUUGAUUCGAGUUCUCUUCGGUUCUUCGAGAGGAUUCCCCAUGUCCCGCUGAAAUGUCAUUGAAAUUGAACCCAAUUAAGUCUUUCAAACUGGAGCUGGAUGGUGAGGGAGAUGCUGCCUUCACUGGAGGAGAGGUGGUUUCGGGCCAAGUGGUGUUGGAGCUCUGCAGGGACACCAAAGUGCACUCCAUGAAGGUGCAGGGACGAGGUGUAGCUACUGCACACUGGCUGGAGAACCGCGGCAUGAACUCCGUCUAUAACGACUACACCUCCAGGUUCACUUAUUUCAGAAAGAGGCAGCAUCUGAUCAGAGAUAAUGGCGACGUGACCGUACUUCCUGCAGGCAGACAUGAAUUCCCAUUCAGCUUCCAGCUGCCAGAGGAGACGUUGGUCACCUCCUUUGAGGGGAAACAUGGCAGCAUUCGUUACUGGAUCAAAGUGAAGCUGCAUCGGCCCUGGGCCACCGUCAAGAAAAUCAAGAAGGAAUUUACCGUCAUUGAGCCCAUCGACAUAAACACACCAGCGCUACUGGCACCACAGGCUGGAACGAAGGAUAAGAUGGCACGGACGUGGUACCGAAACUUUGGACAAGUGUCUGUUACUGCAAAAAUAGACCGCAAAGGAUAUACACCAGGCGAGGUCAUACCUGUUUUCGCGGAGUUUGACAAUUCGACUUCGCGGUCAAUCGUGCCCAAAGCAUACAUCACUCAGACUCAGACCUUCAUCGCCCGCGGCACCAUGAAGCAGAAGCGCGCCGUGGUGGCCACGCUGAGCGGCGACGUGGUGGGCGCCAGGUGCAGGGAGACGUGGCACGGUCGCGCAAUCAAGAUCCCGCCCGUGGGUCCGUCCAUCCUGCAGUGUCGCAUCAUUAAAGUGGAAUACAUGCUCAAGGUGUGUGUCGAUGUCCCGGGAACCUCCAAGCUGUUUCUCGAGCUGCCUUUGGUCAUAGGCACCAUUCCGCUCCAUCCGUUUGGAAGCAGGACUUCAAGCGUCAGCAGCCAGUACAGCGUCAAUCUGGAGUGGCUUCGUCUGGCCAUCCCAGAGCAGCCUGAGCCUCCUCCAGAGUACAGCUCUGUGGUGGCGGAGGGGGAGGCAGAGCAGUGCGGCAACAACAACGCAGCGGCCUCGCAGCCGGCCGAAGAUCUGAGUGGGAUCCUCGAGCGGCCCUUGAUGGCAUUUGUGCAGGAGUUCCGCUUCCGACCGCCGCCUGUGUACAGUGAGGUUGACCCCAACCCUCAGCCUUUCCACAUGAGGCCUCGCUGCAUGACGUGCUGAACUGCAAGACCCUGCCUGAGUGUGGAGCGAUGUAGAUUAAUCCGACGAAUCAGGAGAUUUAUCCGAUUCCUCCUCUUUGAAAAGUGGCACCUGGUCGUACCAGCGUCACUGAGAGACUGCGGUGAGCGCCGCGGUGAAAGUUGGCGCCGUCGCCACCAUUGGGGGCUUGGAGACGGAGGAGCAAGCCCCUGCUUUGUUUCCAGUCUUUACGUGGACUCCUUGCGGUUCUGCUAAGAUGGAAGCAGUGGCUCUGCGUCAGUGAUUUAAAAAAAAAAAAUGUUUUUCUGCUCUCUUUUUUUGAAAAAUCCUGAUGACGUGAGUUACAAACACUUCCCAAAGAAGGAUUCCCUCACCUGAAUUGAGAUUUAAAGAAUAUGGGAUGUGUGGAAGGGGUGAGGUCAGGUGUAAGUGCCUUGUUGUCAGUUGACAUGUUUACGAUUAUGUUGUCAUCUUUGAACGGUGUAAAGAGAAGUGCAAUUAUUGUUCAGUUUCUACGUCCCUUUUGCCUGGCUACACGAUGGAAGCCAAAAGACACAAGUGCCUGUGACAAUUUCUACUGUUAAUCAAGCACAUACUGCAAAUGAACAUUGUAUUGAUGGUUGGAGCAAGACGGAAAUGUGUUUUAUGCAUGCAGUAAAAAAAUACUUAAAAGGGAAAAGUACAUUUGCCUUAAACAUCCGUUGUGAAAGAGGAAGUUAGGAAAAAAACUAGAACCAAAAACAGUUGUGUUGCGCAACUUGGAAGUGUCAGAUAGUUAGUGGAUGCUGAGUUUUGUUUGCACAAAGCAGAAACAAAAUGGGCUGUGUGUUUAUUAAAGUGCAUGAGGCUCACUGAUAAGCUCCCCUAGCUGUUCAUAAAAAGGAGAUGCAGACCUCUGAACCGCGUGCUUGGAAGCUUUUGAUGGGAGCCAGAUGCCUCGUUGGUCUGAGCCGCUUUGGGAAGCUCAACCAGAACACACUUAAGACAAGCUUUAAGAUGGAGAUGCCUCCGGAGUGUACGGACAAGAACAUUCCAAAAAAAAAUUAACUCUGGGAUUAUGACUUUUGCUCAUGUUAAAAAAAAA